UGUACUGCCAGUGCGUACUGCAAUUGAGUCACUUAGGCUAAUGGCAGGUCUGCCAUCUCCUUUAUGCGACACUUCUGUCGUCGGUCGGUAUUUUGCGCAGAGGUUGGUAACCGCUGAUCAGCACUUCAGGUCAUUGUUGUACAGUAAUACAACUCGAUCUGAGCCGAACAGCAUCCAUACUUAUGCCGCAUAGGUAAACCCCACUUCGGCUCAUUCAAAAAUUCUCCUUGGCAACUUACAACGUAUGGCCACGAGGACUCAUGCAACUUCCAAGUUGCACUUGCAACCGAGCUCGGACGAGGCAAUUCUUGCCAGGUUAGGAUACAAGCAGGAGUUUCGCAGGGCAUUUACUCCACUAGAGGUGUUUGGAGUUGCAUUCAGCUAUAUAGGACUGCUCCCAUCUAUAGCUUCUGUGCUCUUUUAUACCGUCCCAAAUGGUGGGCCUCUCGCGAUGGUCUGGGGUUGGGCGAUUGCCAGCGUUUUUAUCAUGUGCAUUGGGUUGGCGAUAGCAGAGCUCGCAUCGGCAGCGCCUACUUCCGGCGGUCUAUAUUAUUGGACUUUCUCACUUGCUUCUCCACGGUGUCGCAAUUUUCUGGCAUGGAUGGUUGGCUAUUCGAAUACCAUACAGUCUAUCACGGUAGUUGCUUCUGUAGACUGGGCUUGCGCAAUUCAAAUUAUGGCAGCACUCAGUAUCGCCUCCGACCAGGCGUAUACGACCACCAACGAACAGCUCUACGGUGUGUACGCAGCUUUGGUGUUGUCACAUGCCGUCCUGGUUAGCCUUGGUACCAAAUUCUUGGCAAGACUGCAGAGACUAUACAUCUUCCUGAAUGUAUGCCUCUGCUUCAUAGUCAUCAUUGCGCUUCCGAUCGUAACACCAUCGAAAUACCGAAACAGUGCGAGUUUUGUGCUAGGGGACUUCACGAACUUGGACGGCUGGCCAUCUGUUUUCGCAUUCAUUUUGAGCUUAAUGGCUCCCCUUUAUACAAUAGGGGGUUAUGAUUCUAGUGUGCAUAUGAGCGAGGAGGCCUCAAAUGCCGCCACUGCGAUACCAUGGGCAAUUAUCAGUUCCAUUGCCAUGUCGGCCAUUCUGGGUUGGGGAAUCAACAUUUCCCUUGCCUUUUGCAUGGGCGCCGAUCUCAGCAGCAUCUUGAAUAGUCCCAUAGGCCAGCCCAUGGCGCAGAUCUUGUACAAUUCGCUCGGCCAGAGGGGGGCCCUGGCUCUCUGGUGUCUCGUUAUUCUAGCGCAGUACAUGAUGGGAUCGAGCUGUCUCCUAGUCGGCUCUCGCCAGACCUUUGCGUUUGCUCGUGAUGGAGCCCUCCCAUUCUCACAAUACUUGUACCGCAUCAAUAGCUAUACAGGAACACCGGUCAAUACAGUCUGGUUUGACGCCGUCCUUGUUCUGGCAAUCGGAUUGCUGGCGUUCGUGAGCACUCAGGCUAUUGAUGCGGUAUUCACUAUCGCUGUCACCGCAUCAUACGUUUCCUACAUCACGCCGAUCGCGACCCGCUUCGUUUUCAAGAACAAUUUUAAACCCGGCCCAUUUAAUCUUGGGAGACUGAGCUUUCCCGUCGCUGCCAUUGCUGUAUCUUGGAUGGUCCUCAUGAUCAUCGUUUUCUUCUUCCCUUCCACUCCGCAAACGAAUGCGCAGGAGAUGAACUAUACAGUCGUGGUCCUUGGAGGGUAUAUGUCGCUUGCCGUUUUCUGGUAUUACUGCCCGGUAUUUGGAGGUGUGCACUGGUUCAACGGACCUGUAUCCAACCUCGCACCCGCCAUCAAAAGUGGAUAUACAAAUGAGGGUUUGAUAUUGGAGAGGAAGGAAAAUCGUGAUACAGAACUCUCUGUGUCAGUAGCGGAUGAAUGAGUCAUUCGUGCGUCGUGAAGCGCUAGUAUAGUACAACAGUUAUAUUUCAACGGACGAUAGGCAGUCAAUUUCAAAUGAAUGGCCAUCCAGACCUAUUGCACAUCCGAGGUUCGUGCAAUCUUCUCU